UUCCCGGAUCCUGGAGCAAAAGCUGGAGCGUAGCCUUCCGUGCUAGACCUGACCAUGGCUGCCUCUGCGCAUUCCGCGAGCGAGACGCCCUGGAAGACCUUGUCUGCAGAGGAACUGGAGAAGCAGUACUCACCUAGCAGGUGGGUCAUCCGGAUGAAAGCAGAAGAAGUCAUCAGCACCUUCGUGCAGACAGGAAUCCAGGCCACCAGGAAAGCCCGGGCCACCAGGAGAAACCAGCUGGAUGUCCCCUAUGGAGAUUGCGAAGGGGAAAAAAUGGACAUCUACUUUCCUGAUGAGGACUCCAAGGCUUUCCCCCUCUUCCUGUUCUUCCAUGGAGGAUACUGGCAGAGUGGAAGUAAAGAUGACUCGGCCUUCAUGGUGAACCCGCUGACAGCACAGGGGGUGGUCGUGGUGAUAGCGGCCUACGACAUUGCACCCAAAGGCACGCUGGACCGGAUGGUGGAGCAGGUGACCCGCAGUGUUGCAUUUCUGCAGCGGCGGUAUCCGAGCAAUGAGGGAAUCUACCUCUGUGGACAUUCUGCAGGAGCUCACCUGGCCGCCAUGGUGCUCCUUGCCAAUUGGACCAAGCAUGGUGUCACACCCAACCUCCAAGGCUUUCUCCUGGUGAGUGGAAUCUAUGACCUGGAGCCCAUCAUAUCUACGUCCCAGAAUGCCCCUCUGCACAUGACCCUGGAAGACGCUCAGAGAAACAGCCCACAGCGAUGCUUGGAGAUGGCCCCAGCGAGGCCUGUGGGUCCAUCCUGUUCUGUGCUAGUGGUUGUGGGUCAGCAUGAUUCCCCGGAAUUCCACCGACAGUCCAGGAAGUUCUAUGAGACACUGCGCCGAGUAGGGUGGAAGGCCUCUUUCCAGCAGCUGCGUGGUGUGGAUCACUUUGACAUCAUAGAGAACCUGACCCGAGAGGAUGACGUACUCACCCAGAUCAUUUUGAAAACAAUCUUCCCGACCCUCUGAGGACACCUGGUCUCUAGCCUGUGUGUACCUCAGAAAACCUCCAGAAAAGAGGUGACUGCCACCUAAUGCUGGCUUGUCCAUCCACUGGGACAUUUUCCCUGCUCUGAACACAGCCUCCAUGUCAUUCUUCUCCCCACCUGGAUGGAGCUCCGGGGAGAGCCUGCAGAUUGGCACUGGGAUAUGCACACAGCCACCAUCUGGCCAAGUCUGCCUGCCUCCUGCUGACAGGGCAUGACACCGGCCUCUGGCCGGCUUUCUGUGCCGUUUUGCAGCAUCAGUGUGGACUGGCUGGGACUGGGGCUAUUACUCAGCUCCUGUCUUGCACCACAGAAGAGGGCGGAGUCGGGAGGGAAUGAAGAAUGAAAGAGACCAACCAACUGCCGGGGGUGCAGCUCAAGGGUAGAUGCUUGACCAAUGUGUAUAGGAUCCUGGAUUCAAUCCCUGGUAUUAACAAGGAAAUAAUAAAGGAAAGAAAAAAAAAAAAAGACAGAGAUAAAGGUCAUGCCUGGUGUGGUGGUGUACACCUGAAUCCCAACACGGAAGCAGGAGGGUUGCUUUUAGUUCAAGUCCAGCCUGAGCUGCAUAGCAAGACCGUGUCUAAGUAAGAAAAAGAGCUGAUGAGAUAGUGCAGCAGGUCCGAGGGCCUGGCACCAAGUCUGACAACCUGUGUUUGGUCCUGGGGACCCAUAUGGAAGGAAACAACCAGCUCCCCAAACUCUCCUUUGACUGUCAUGUCUACGUGUGCCUUAGCGUGCACACCUACACAUGCACGAUGGUGAUGAUGUGACGAUGGUAAUAAGAGCCCAGGCUUGUGCCUGCUGUACAGACGAACACAAGGAUUUACUUAGGACUGCAGCAUCCCAGGGAGGCCACCUGCACAAAGACAGUUGUGUGACAGACUCCACCAGACCUAACUCCUGCAGUACACCCCGCAGCCGCUGGGCCUUCCAAAGCAGCUCAUGUGGGCAUUCCUACUUCAUUUUCAAAGCUUCCCCCAAACUGGGCAUGAUGAGGCAUGUCAGGAGCCAUAAAGGCAGGAGGGCCUUUGGACCUAGAAAGGGCUCUUAGCACACAUUUAAUUUAUACUCUGGUUCUCUCUGUCAAGUUUGCUUUUAUGUUGCUGUGAUAAACACCAUGACCAAAAGCAAUUUGGGAAGGAAAGGGUUUAUUUCCUCUUACACUUAAUGGUCUGUCAUUGAAGGAAGCCAUGGCAGGCACUGGGAGCAGAAAUGACCAGAGGAAGGCUGCUUACUCUCUUGCUCCCAGGCUCAUGUUCAUCUGCCUUUGGUAUACAGUCCGUACGCACUAGGAAUGAUACUGCCCACGGUGGUCUGGACCCUCUUCUAUGCGUCAGCAAUGAAGACAGAAUCCUACAGACAUGUCAACAGACUACUCUGAUGGAGGUAAUUCCUCAACCGAGUUUCUCUACCCAGGUGUGUGUCUAGUGUGAAGUUGACAGCUGACACUAACUAUGGCAUCUUGCAUCCUGAUGGUUGUGAGAAACAGUAAACUCACACUCCCAUGUCAUCGCCUUUUUCACCCUUUUCUGCCAAAUCAGAGGCUCAUGCAGAGUGGAGCAUCUGCCUGCUCCUUUUCUCAAAAUUAUUCCCUUAUGUGAGCCA